AUGGGCACAUACACGACCUCACGUAAACUACUGAUUCCAGACGAGCACUUUGCCAAGUCCUACCUGGGGGCGCGAGGGCCCAUCAAUCCCGUUUACUGCUUCACGUUGCAGCCCAGACAAUUUGGGGACUUCCACGCCGCGUUCCAUUUCCUACAGACCAACCCAGACUCCCUGUAUGCCAACAAGUCAAUAUGCGCGCUGCCCACCCCUAUGGAAUACAGGGCUCUUGUCGGCUGGGUAUACCGCGAGGUGACGUUUGCCUACCAGGAUGAGUUUGACCUGAUGGAGAUACGCCGCAUCACGGAUGAUGAGGUCCAAGACGUACUGAGGGAGAAGUUUGGCUUGCCCAUAGCCCACAACCUCACGCUGAAGAACAACAGGAUCAUCUACACCAUAGCAUUUAAACAUUUAAAGACAUACAAUUUGGGUUGGGUGGAGGUGGAGGGCAGCUCUUACAUUGCCGACACCAGCUUCGGCCUGGCGGACCAGAUCCUGGAGCCCCUGGAGCUGGUCUCUGGGAAGGAGCAGCCUCAGCCUGGCGGGACCUUCUGCCUGAGGCAAGAUGGCGGCAACACAUGGACACUUGACAGGACUGUGCGCCCGCCACAGAUCCCCAAUGAGGAGUUUGCCAAGAGCUCCCUGGUGAUACGCAUCCCCGUCAAUAAGGUCUUUUGCUUUACGCUGGAGCCCCGCAAGCUCGACGACCUCAGGGCCAUUGGGGAAUUCGAGGUCACAUUUGCCUACCAAGAGAAAUUUGACCUCAUGGACAUGCGCCGCAUCACGUAUGAUGAGGUCCAGGACUUGCUCAGGGAGAAGUUUGGUCUGCCCACGAUACCCAAACUUCAACUGAAGAACAACAGGGGUGUCUUUGUUAUGUAAACU